AUGCCGUCGUCGUCGACGAUGCUUAAACCAGAGGUCGGACCUGACAGUCUUCCUCGAGAAGCUCCUGUCAUUGCCUACACCGAGAAGUGGCUCUAUAACCAGUUAAUCAUUCUUUUUUAUUUUCCAACCAAACAUCAUGCUUCUUCUUCUUUUUCUUUAUUUUUUAUCUUCCAACCAAUCGUUUCGAUUUCGUUUCUGCAACAACAUAUAAUCUUGGUCAUUUAUCUUAAUGCUUACAACUCAAUUUGUUUCUAGUGAUAACAAUAAUCCAUGCAAUACUGUUUUUUUUUCUUCUUGUUGUUUCUGAAUGAUAUCAUAACUACACGAGGUAAAUUGAUGCUACCCACUCUACUAAAAAGGGCAGCUUUCUUCCUUUAAAAAAUAUCGAUUCCAUCAUGAGGGCUUAGUAAACAGUAUAGUUAGCAUCCUACCAAGGAGCAAGAAAGCUAUUAGGAAGUCAUUUCCUUUACCUACCGGGAGUGUUGUUUUGACAUGAGUGGCAUUUUAUCUCGAUAGUCUUGGAUAGAAUUAUGCUGCUUGUUGGGUCCUGGUGAUGGAACUAACAUUUUUUAGCGGAAGAAAACAGUUAUGUAGCUAUGGUGCCAUUCAGAAACAACCCAAGAAAAAGAAAAAAAACAGUAUUUCACGGAUUAUUAUCAUCACUAUAAAAUAAAUUGAGUUGUAGGCAUCAAGGUAAGGGAUCAAGAUUAUAUACUACUGCAAAAAAAAUAAAAUUAAAAGGAUUGAUUGGAAGAUAAAAAAAAAAACUUGAUGUUUGGUUAGAAAAUAAAGAAAGAAUGACUAACUGGUUGCAUGUUCAUUGGAUUAUGGGUCAUAUCUACUUGGGUAGAGACCAUUAGACAAAUUGAGGUUAGAAUAUGAACUUAGAACUUUUAAUAACUAUUAUUUUAUGAGCUAUUUGUAUAGAUUUAUAUUUUUUUCAUGAUUUUAUAUAAGAAGCUAUCUUGACAAAAUAAUUGAUUAAAAUAUUGUAUAUCAAGUUAUGUGAUAUGAUGUUAGAUUACUUAUUUUUGUCUCUAUAACUCUUGUCAAUUGAUAGUAAAAAGUAUUGACAGUGAGGAUUUUACACCAAGCUAGGAAAAGAAAUGGAAAGAAAGGACUCCAUUAAAUUCCUGUUCUUAUAAAAAAGAGAGAUUUAAGAGUUUUUGGACCUAUUGAUAAGACAUAAACAUAUCUAUAAAAGAAAUUCAUAACCUUAAUAUUAAUUAUAUCAUUAUAUAUGAUUUGAGUAUUCCUCUUUUAUAUGAAAUAUUAUAAAAGAACCAAUCUAUUUCAACCAACUGGUUUUAGAUAUUUUAAAUGUGAGCUUAUUGACGAGGGAGAGCUUUCUAAGAUGAUAUGAUGAGUGAGGUCACUUCACUUAGCCUAGCCUAGUCUCAGCAAAGCAGCAAAUAAAGCUCAUUCUGUCCAUUAUCAAGCAAACAUCAUGUUCAAGCCCAAAGAACUCUCUAAAAUAGGUUUAGCCCAAAAAAGCACUCCAAUCGUUUGGCUUUAGCCUUGGUAUCCAAGGAACAUCACGUGGAUACGAGGCUGAGUCCCUCAGUAAGCCUGAUCAAGUCUAGCUUAUCAACAACACCUUUUCCCCCCUUCCUGUCAUUUCCAUAGGUAACCUUAACACAACGUCUUCUCAUGGAAAACAACCAGCUCCAUUUUCGAAAUCCAAGCUCUCCUUUCCUUCACUGUCCCAUUUCUUUUUUUGGCGGGCUUCAUUUUAUAAGCGUAAGCCAUAUAAAUAGUCAUUCUAUGAAGGGUAAGCGAAAAAAGUUAGUUUCUUCAGUUGAUUCUCUAUUCAUUUUAUCCUUAUCCCUAUACAAAUACCACUUCAUAGUUUCUAGACCAGCUAGUUUAGGGUAAGCGAACCCUGAACUCCGUAGUUCUUUUGGAAUGAACAUCUAUCUAGCUUCAGAAGUUGUUUCCUAUAUGGAUCGCUAAACUAUGGAGCUAAGAGCCGAAUCCCUUGAAUUCUCUCAACCUCGUGAUUAUAGUUCCUAAUUUUCUGACUAUGAUAUGGUCUCUGUCAGCCUUACCAGCCGUCCAAGAUGAACCGAAUUGAUCUUUUUUGUCCCCUCAGCCAUCCAUUACCGUCUUCAUUUAGCAGCAAAUUAACUCAAGGAUAACCUUUAUGUAUGAGCUGGAAAGGAGGUAUCUAUAGAUACCAAACAAACUAGCUAGUUUGAGAAGAUAGUUAAAUAAGAGGCGGAUCUAGGGAGUCAUUACUUCUUCGACUUCUUAUUCAUAGUUCAGAUAAUCCAACCUCCACUGGUAAGCAGCACCAAAGAGAAUCAUCAUAACAUUUUUUUCUGAAAUAAGAACUCAUCAAGAGAUGAGACGUAGCUAAUGUUGUUCGAUCACAGUCACGAGAUUUGUCUGCAGCUAUUAUAUCUAAUCAAUCUUCUGUUUUCAUUCUAUUAGAAUGUGAUCUGAAAGCGGAUCCAGGAAUCCCCGGAUAAUGGUAGUUAAGUUAGUAAAAUCCAAUAAUCAAUUGGUUUUAUAAAGACUUUCCUAACCUAGAUAUUGUAACGGAAAUUCCUGUUUAUUUUUAGGGUUUUUAUAAUUCUUGAAAAUCUUUUUCAUUUACUGGCUUGAAAAAAAUUUGUAAGCUAUGAAUUUCACUAAUAGAAUGAUGGAAUGGAACUAUAACCAUACUUCCAUGGUCUACCAUGAUACUUGGGUUACUUGGCAGCUAUACUGUCACAGUAAAUUCUCACGGGUCUGGGGGAGAUUAAGUAGACGCUGCAAUGUGACCCAACUGGAGUCUCGGCGUCUUGGAAGCAGCAACAAAAGUUGUGAAGGACGAGGAAGAAAUUAAGCAGAAGUGUGAAGACUUAAAUCAUCUGAGAAAUUGUUGAAAGUUUGCACUUGUGGUUGUCCAUGGGAUGGAAAACCAAUGGGACCUGCACCGAACAACCCAGCUCAAGAUGCCUCGAUUCCAUUUUCAACAGAAAGUGGUGCCGGAGUGGCUGAGAAUGCUCCUCAUCACGCAAAUUAAUGGGGGAAAUGUCCAAGUCAUGAAUUAGCAAAAUCAACAGCCUAAUGUCGAGGUAGAAGGAAGGGGAAAGAAGAAAGUCCAUUUCCAAGGAAGGGGGAGGCGAAUCGGGGCUGUUCCCAAGGGUAGAGGAUUUUCCCAACCUGGCUGGACGGUGGCAGGAUUUGAUGUUGAUGGUAGAAGUUAGAAGCAACAUUUCAUAUUCUCCUAUACUGAAUCUGUGAGUGAGCACCUCUACUUUUGCUCCACCAAGCAAGCAUGCUCUUUGUUCCAUAUACGCUGGUUGAUUUUUCCUACUGUAUUUAUUCAAUUGGCUAUAGCUAGCUUGUUGAUAUAGAAAAUGCCAUCUGACCUUUUGAACUUCACAUUGCCACUUGCCCUUGCCAUCAAUUCCUCAUUCAAGGAAGUAUGGCUCAAGAACAUUUCUCAUUCUUUACUCUUUAACUAGCCAAAGCUGUGACCUGAAACUCUAGACUCUCCUUGUCCCCUUACUUGUAUAUAGUCUGUUGAUAUAGAAGUGGCAUUUGAUCCUACUUCCCACUGCUGCUUCACUUGUGUUACAAAUAGAUUCCUUCGAUAUUGUUUAGUGUUUACCCAUGUAAAGUAAACAUUUGUUGUUCUUCACUUUUAUUCUGGCUAUAGCUGUACGUUUAAAUCUCUAGACUCCCCUUCCCCUUCACAUGUGCUACUUCUGCCCCGUGUGGGCUUUGAUUGAACAAUUGAAAUCUUAUCAUUCUCUUCGGUCAGCAA